AUAAUAAUAAUAUUUUUAUCCAUUUUGACUUUCCAACUUCAACGUAUAAAUAUUAAAUAGCCACCGUGUCCUCCAGAUCAAACACAAACACAUAACAAUGGAUUACAUCGACAACACCGGCGAAACUCAAUCAAAGUACAAAGGCAUCCGUCGCCGGAAAUGGGGGAAAUGGGUAUCGGAGAUUCGAGUUCCGGGAACUCGCGACCGUCUCUGGUUAGGCUCAUUCUCCACGGCGGAAGGCGCAGCCGUGGCGCACGACGUGGCUUUCUACUGUUUACACAAACCAAACUCGCUCGAGUCUCUCAACUUCCCUCACUUGCUUCCUCCUUCCAUAGUUUCCAAGACCUCGCCGAGGUCUAUCCAGCAAGCUGCUUCUAAUGCCGGAAUGGCCGUUGACGCCGGAAUCGUUAACAGUGAUCACGCGUCAGGGAACUCUGGGAAUGGAGAUACAACGACGGCGUAUUAUGAGAAUGGAGGUGCGUUGAAUAUAUCAGUGUAUGAUUAUUUGGACGGUCACGAUCACGUUUGAACUUCUUCUUCUUGUUUUUCGUACUCAAAAGAAACAGUGAUGAAGCCUGGUGUGUCAGCAAACAAAGCGUUGUGAAUAUAAAUACGUUUAUGUUUCGCUGUCGGCCUUUUUUUUUUCUUUUGUUGUACGAAUAUAUAUAUUUAUAUUUUAUAUUUUAUAUUUUAUUCAAGAGAAUUAUAAUGCGAGUGAAGCUUUGUUUCAGACAAUAAUUUAUACG